AUGAACAAAUUGGAAGUUCAGACCUUCGGUGAAUCACCAGUACAAUCUGGGCAUCCUACAUCUUCUACAGCACCGCCAACUGGGAAUCGUGCAACUUUCUCACCACUACUGUCUGGGAAUCCUACAUCUUCCACAGUAAUGCCGACGGAGAAUCCUAAUUCUACCACACAAGGUACUCGCAUGGAGGACCCCAAACAGACGCCGGUGAUAGAACAGACGGCUAGUCAAAACCAGACGUCGGUAACAGAACAGGCAACUAGUCAAAACCAAACGCCGGUAACAGAACAGGAAAUGCAUUGGGGCCUUCUUUACAUUCUACAAAGUAUAAAACCUCACACAUUCGAAGAAUUGGCUACGUGUGCCCAUAACAUGGAGAUCAGUAUGAAAUCCUAUAAAGGCAAAAGUCCCAUGGCCAUAGAACCAUGCAAGGAUAAGAAAGACUGGAAGAAGGGCGAUAAGUCGUCAAAGACUGCUGCUAAAGAUUCCAUGGCUAUCUCAACCACCCCAAUUAAGAUAUUUGUUAAAGAUGACAAGAAGGAUGAUAAAAAGCCUCGCCAAUUUCAAAAGAGGGAAAGACAACGUCCUACGCUAAAGGAGUUAGAGAAGAAGGACUACCCCUUCCCCGAUUUCGAUGUCCCUGGCAUCUUGGAAUGUUUACUCAAAAGUAACGUUAUAGAACUCCCUGAAUGCAAACGCCCUCAAGAGAUGGGACGUGUCAACGAUCCAAAAUAA